AAUUUGCAUUAUUAAAAUGCCAUGGCUUUUUACGCUUCCUGAGCGCUCGUCACCAUGUACGCCAAGCUGCGCUGCAUCAGCAUGGAUGAUCCCAGGAUGGUCUUCAGUCUUAAUUAUGCCAUGAUGGCUAACGGCAACGGCGGCCAGAUGUGACGCUGAAGCUGGGGGUCGGCGCCAGCGAGUACGUCUCCGGCGCUCUCAUCGACUUGUACACCACCAAGCGAGGCAGCUUGGAGGUGUCCUGGAAGGCGUUCGGGGAGAGGGAGACCGUCCACCACCGGAGCCUCAUUGCCUGGACGGCGAACUCAAAGCGCGGGACGUCGGCGAGAGGCUCGCCAGCGUCCUGACGGAGACGGAAUCCGGCGUUCGUGCUGCGGCCUGCGGCCCGUUUGUUUCCGAUUAUUUCAGAUUCUCUGGCGGCCAGAAGCCGCGCGCCUCGCACCCCAAACGCCCAGCUUCUCGUGCCGCGGCCGUCGUAGAAGGCUUGUCCGAGAAGCCGAGCAGACCCGUGACCUCUUCCCCCGCGCAUUAGGGUUCCGCUCUCAUCCUCGGUGCCCGCUCAGCUCACCGCCGCUACUUCCGGCUAGGCCGUCGCCGUGGCGCCCCACCAGAUGGACGAGUCUGGAAAGGCGAUAGCCAAGUGGGAUGCUAGAGCAGCUAGGAUUUACAAUGAAAUAUGUGUAGAAGAGGUCAAUGCCCACAACAGGCCCCAACACUUUCUCAACUCAGAAGGGUAUGCAAACCUCAUCAUGAAAUUCAAAGAAAGAACUGGACGAACAUAUACCAUAGAUCAAAUGAAGAAUAGAUGGAACACACUGAAAAGAAUGUACAUACAAUGGGAGAUACUCAAUGGAAGAGCUACUGGCCUGGGCAGGGAUCCUCACACUGGCUCAAUCAGUGCCACCGAUGAGUGGUGGGCUAGGCAGAAUGAAUCUAUGCCUGGUUGCUUAAUCUUCAAAAAUGCUCCUCUCGAGAAUGAGAACGAGCUCCGCAUCAUAUUCGGACCACUAAUGAGUCAACCCCCCGUUCCUGGAGAAGCACCAAAACCAAAGGAUGCAGCAUCAUCUUCUGAUGAUCACGAAGACGAUGAUGCAAGCCUUGUGGGGGAGAACAGCACAACUGCUCCUACCAACAAACAGAAAGAGAAGAGGGCUGUGUACCAUGACUCUCCGAAGUCUAAGAAGAGAAAGGCUUUGAAGGAUGAAUAUAUGAAGAGGAUAGUGGAAGCUUUUGAGACCCGUAUUGCCAGCUCAAUCAAAACUAAGAGUGACCCUGUCCGUGAAGACAUAGCUAGUCAAUUAAAGACUGUCAUUGAUGAUGGUAAUGCAGAAGGCAGUGACGAGCACUUCUUUGCUACACAACUGUUGAUUGAGAAACGCUAUCGCGAUGUGUUUGCGACGUUGAAGACUAAGGAGGGUAGGGUUUCCUGGCUGCGUCGCGCGUACGAGAUGAUUGACAGGUCAAAUAAGUAGUAGUAGUUGAGAGUUAGUUUUGGUCUCUGGGAGUGAAGAGAUGUCCUAAGCUUUCUGUGCAAACCAGUUUGCUUGUUUGAAUGUCGGUUUCAAAUUUCCUGAACUAGCUAUUCCAAGCUACUCUUGGGAGUUACCUUGUUUGUGGAUUGACGUAUUUGUUACAAAUAAAGUUGU